AUGUCGAGUGAACUGUCCAAUGCACUCAACCCUAAUGUUGUCACCGCCCGCCGCCCACGAGCUCCGCCGCCCAAUGUCCCAGAGAACGCCACCACAGUCAUCGAGCAACCGCCGCCACCGAGGCCAUUCGUUCCACACCGUAGUGAGCUAGAGCUUGCUAUAUCUGAACCACCUCCACGAGCGGCAGCAGUACCAGCUCGCAGUCCGGGCACUUCAACCUCUCGCCAAGCGACUGCAGUCCAAGAAUUGCUUCGCGUUCUAUCAAGCUCAAAGGACGCAGCUGAACUCGAGCGAAAGCGCAGACAAGCAUGGGAGAAGGAGCAGGAAGCGAGGCUCACUCAGCGGCAGGCUGAGAUGGAGCGACAGAUGCUGGAGAUGCGGCAAGAAUUAUCCUUGUUAAAAGCGCGGACCACUUUGCAAUCGCCUACCCCUCCUUCACACACGCCGGAUGGACCUCGAUCAGGAGCAACGUCGACAGCAAAUACUCCACAACCGGGCCUUCGCUCACCAUCGUCAUCCGGUAAUCUUCUUACGCCUGAGCACACCCCGAGAUUGCUGGCGGUUCAGCCAAGGGUACCAUUGGCUAAUGCAACUUCGGGCCGCAGUCCUCUUUUCGUGGAGGGUUCAUCAACCCAACCGUACGCAACCCCUAGCUAUUCGUCGAGUAUAUCCGGCAUCGAGGAAGGGAGACCAGACGACACUCCUCCUAUUCAUAUUUACGCUCCCCCGGGAUCUCCGUUGGAUGUUACGGCGUACAUGGUGUCUCCCACGUUGCCCGUGCUGGGGAAGAGGAGCACACCCCAUUACUCCAGUAGUGAAGGGAGCGACGAAUCAAGCGAUGAAGAUGCCCCAGAGGGCAGUCGACCACGGAAGCGACUGAAUGGGCACGAUAAACGUUGCUUGACCAUCCAACACGCAAUGCGUGCACAUAUCCUUCGACUUAUGCAGUUGUCCGAUGACAAGAGUUUGCCCGACAGUCAUAUCGAAGGUGAAUCGCUCCCGAUGGACGAGCCGGUCCGCUUCAUAUGGGAGAAGACCUCCAAGCAAUCCUCCCAUAACGCUGCGAUGAAGAGGCGCAUCAUAGUCGACCUCCAGGCAAACCGCUCGAUGUACAAGCAUGUCCCAGAAAAGGACUUCGCUCGGAAGAACAUGGAAAAUGUCUUUGACCAAGCGUUCACCACGAUGCGUCAGAAGUUCAAAGCGCAGCGGGACACUACAGCUGCGCGACAUUUGAGACGGCGCGAGGACCGGAAGUCCUUGAAGGCGAGAAGAGCGAGCAGGAAGAAAAUAAAAUUGACCAAUCGCGUUGAGUCGCGUAAGAGACUCGAGAUCUUUUCACAUCCCUCGUUCGAUGGCGCUCUUCAGCAGGACUGUAUGUCAUCCGAGGAGUCAUGCGACGACGACGAUGACGGUCAGGAUGCCGGAGCAAGGCCACAGACGAGACCGAAAGCUCUGCGAAUUCGCGGCCUCCCGUGGAGAAGCCUCCGUCUCCAGCGAUUCUACGCUCUGUUGGAUGAGGAAGACCAAGCGGACAAGAGCAACAAACCCAAGCGUGGAAGCGGGCGCAAGGAGCGUCACGUAGGCCCAGACAAGGGCCCUCACAUCUUACCACCCGCAGGCACAUUGGGAUGGAUGGUCAGCAAACGUUGGAUCCGUCAACUGCAGUGCACGCGAGCCGACCUCGCGCAGGCGGCGAUGACCCUCAUCAGCGUCUCCGACGGGAUCGACUGGAAUGAGUGCACCAUCUUGGGUGCCGAAAGUGACGAUGACGCAGAUUUGCAGGAGAUGCUACGGUCGGAACGGCAUAUACCUGUAUCGGAGACGAGCUCGCUGCAGCAUGCGCUGAUUCCUACGUCGUGA